CUGAAAAAUAUCACGGCUUGUUGUUUUGGAGUGCUGUCACUGCUCUGAAUCGAAAGGAUAAUGGCUACUUCCUGAUUAAACCCACUCUCCACAGUAAGCUGUUAAUGUUCUACUAUAUGGAGUCUGGAGAAAGAUUACCAUCUUCAACAAACUCUUCUACACCACCAACUUCAUCUGCUAUACCUUCUGUGGCUUCAUCAGUUUCAAAAGGCUGCCUUUCCACUGGAGCUGCUUCCCUUAGCUCUACAAUCAACCCAUGUGGACAUUUAUUCAGAGCAGCUGGGGAUCAGCCGUUUAACCUGUCCACAGUGUCGAGUGCCUUCCCAAUGGUCAGCCACCCAGUCUUUGGUCUACAUUCAGCCAGCUCAGGGCAUUCAGAAUUUGGUGGUUUGGGGACACUUGGUACACCCACAGCCUUAGCCGUACAUCCCCAACUAGCAUCUUUUCCAGAAUGGUGGCGAACAACAGAUAUUCAUUCUCGUACUGGAGCAACCUUCUUUCCACCAUUACUUGGAAUUCCACCACUUUUUGCUCCUCCAGCCCAGAAUCAUGAUUCUUCUUCAUUCCAUUCAAGGACUUCAGGAAAAAGUAAUCGAAAUGGUCCUGAAAAAGGUGUAAAUGGAUCAAUAAAUGGGAACAGUUCAUCAUCUAUAUCUGGCAUCAACACAUCUGUAUUAUCCACAACUGCUUCAAGUACUAUGGGACAAACUAAAACUAUAAGCUCAGGUGGAGGAAAUCGAAAAUGUAAUCAGGAACAAAAUAAAAACCAGCCAUUAGAUGCUAGGACAGAGAAAAUUAAAGAUAAAAAACCAAGAAAGAAAACUAUGGAAAGUUCCAGCAACAGUGAUAGUGAUUCUGGCACAUCAUCCGACACCACAAGUGAAGGUAUUAGUAGUAGUGAUUCUGAUGACCUAGAGGAAGAUGAAGAAGAAGAAGAUCAAAGUAUUGAAGAAAGUGAAGAUGAUGAUUCUGAAUCAGAGAAUGAAGCACAACAUAAAAGUAACAACCAGGUGCUAUUACAUAGUAUUUCAGACCCAAAAACAGAUGGACAGAAAGCAAAUGAAAAAGCCCAGGAAAAAAGAAUACACCAGCCAUUACCUCUUGCGUCUGAAUCCCAGACUCACUCAUCAUUCCAAUCCCAGCAGAAGCAGCCUCAGGUUUUGUCACAGCAGCUUCCAUUUAUUUUCCAAAGCUCUCAGGCAAAGGAGGAAUCUGUGAACAAACACACAAGUGUAAUACAGUCUACGGGAUUGGUGUCCAAUGUGAAACCUUUAUCUUUGGUAAAUCAAGCCAAAAAGGAAACUUAUAUGAAACUCAUAGUUCCUUCUCCUGAUGUACUUAAAGCAGGGAAUAAAAAUACCUCUGAAGAGCCUAGUACUUUAACCAGUGAAUUGCGAUCCAAAAGGGAACAAUUUAAACAGACAUUCCCAGCCCAGUUAAAGAAACCAGAAUCAUCUAAGAGCCUGAAGAAGGUUAUUGCAGCUUUGUCAAAUUCUAAAGCAACCUCUAGUUCACCAGCACAUCCAAAACAAAUAUUAGAAAAUAACCACCCUAAUCCAUUCUUGACAAAUGCACUUUUAGGUAAUCAUCAACCAAAUGGUGUUAUUCAAAGUGUCAUUCAAGAAGCUCCUCUAGCACUUACAACCAAAACUAAAAUGCAGAGUAAGAUUAAUGAAUGCAUUGCUACUGCAAGUAGUACAUCUUUUUCCUCACCUGUAAAUUUGAGUACAAGUGGGAGAAGAAACCCUGGUAAUCAGACAACUGUAAUGCCCUCUGCCUCUCCCAUCUUGCAUAGUCAAGGAAAGGAAAAAACAGUUAGCAAUAAUAUAAAUACAGUAAAAUCACAACAUCACUCUCAUCCUGCAAAAUCUUUAGUAGAACAGUUCAGAGGAACAGAUUCAGACAUUCCCAGUAGUAAAGAUUCUGAAGAUUCAAAUGAAGAUGAAGAGGAAGAUGAUGAAGAAGAAGAUGAGGAAGAUGAGGAAGAUGAUGAAUCUGAUGACAGCCAAUCAGAAUCAGAUAGUAAUUCAGAAUCAGAUACAGAAGGAUCAGAAGAAGAUGAUGAUGAUGAUGAUAAAGACCAAGAUGAAUCAGAUAGUGAUACUGAAGGAGAGAAAACUUCAAUGAAACUGAAUAAAACAACUUCCUCUGUCAAAAGCCCUUCCAUCAGUCUCACAGCUCACUCAACACCUCGUAACCUCCACAUAGCAAAAGCCCCAGGCUCUGCUCCUGCUGCCUUAUGUUCUGAAACCCAGACACCUGCUUUUCUUGGCACACCUUCUUCCACACUUACUUCAAGUCCACACUCUGGCACAUCCAAAAGGAGAAGAGUAGCAGAUGAACGUGAACUGCGUAUUCCUUUGGAAUAUGGCUGGCAGAGAGAGACAAGAAUAAGGAAUUUUGGAGGACGUCUGCAAGGAGAAGUAGCAUAUUAUGCACCAUGUGGAAAGAAACUUAGGCAGUAUCCUGAAGUUAUAAAGUAUCUCAGCAGAAAUGGAAUAAUGGAUAUCUCAAGGGACAAUUUCAGCUUCAAUGCAAAAAUAAGAGUGGGUGACUUCUAUGAAGCCAGAGAUGGACCUCAGGGAAUGCAGUGGUGUCUCUUGAAAGAAGAGGAUGUCAUUCCCCAUAUCAGGGCCAUGGAAGGUCGUAGAGGAAGACCACCAAACCCAGAUAGACAACGAGCCAGAGAAGAGUCCAGAAUGAGACGUCGAAAAGGUCGACCUCCAAAUGUUGGCAAUGCUGAAUUUCUAGAUAACACAGAUGCCAAAUUACUAAGAAAACUGCAAGCUCAAGAAAUAGCCAGGCAAGCAGCACAAAUAAAGCUUUUAAGAAAACUUCAAAAGCAGGAACAGGCGCGGGUUGCCAAAGAGGCUAAAAAACAACAAGCAAUAAUGGCUGCUGAGGAGAAACGAAAACAGAAAGAACAGCUAAAAAUUAUAAAACAGCAGGAAAAAAUUAAGAGAAUACAACAAAUCAGAAUGGAAAAAGAACUUCGAGCCCAACAAAUUUUAGAGGCUAAAAAGAAAAAGAAGGAAGAAGCGGCAAAUGCCAAAUUAUUGGAGGCCGAGAAACGAAUAAAGGAAAAAGAAAUGAGAAGACAGCAAGCUGUUCUUCUGAAGCAUCAGGAGUUGGAGAGGCAUAGACUAGAUAUGGAACGAGAAAGAAGACGCCAGCAUAUGAUGCUAAUGAAAGCUAUCGAAGCACGUAAAAAAGCAGAAGAAAAAGAACGUCUGAAACAAGAAAAACGUGAUGAGAAAAGAUUAAAUAAAGAGCGCAAACUAGAACAACGAAGAUUAGAAUUAGAAAUGGCAAAAGAACUAAAGAAGCCUAAUGAAGACAUGUGCUUAGCAGACCAAAAGCCUUUGCCAGAGUUGCCUCGUAUUCCAGGACUUGUUCUCUCUGGAAGUACAUUUUCAGACUGUCUCAUGGUGGUACAGUUCUUAAGAAACUUUGGUAAAGUUUUGGGCUUUGAUGUGAAUAUUGAUGUUCCAAACCUCAGUGUUCUUCAGGAGGGAUUGCUAAAUAUAGGGGACAGCAUGGGUGAAGUUCAAGACUUGCUUGUGAGGCUCCUCUCAGCUGCUGUGUGUGAUCCAGGUCUAAUUACAGGAUACAAGGCCAAAACUGCGCUUGGAGAACAUUUGCUGAAUGUUGGUGUGAAUCGGGACAAUGUUUCCGAGAUUUUGCAGAUUUUUAUGGAAUCCCACUGUGGACAAACUGAGCUUACUGAAAGUCUGAAGACCAAAGCUUUUCAGGCUCACACUCCAGCACAGAAAGCCUCUGUCCUGGCUUUCCUGAUCAAUGAAUUGGCAUGCAGUAAGAGUGUGGUAAGUGAGAUUGACAAGAAUAUUGAUUACAUGUCAAACUUGAGGAGAGAUAAAUGGAUGGUAGAAGGUAAACUUCGCAAACUCAGAAUUAUUCAUGCUAAGAAAACAGGCAAAAGAGACACUUCAGGUGGCAUUGAUAUUGGAGAAGAGCAACAUCCAUUGGGCACGCCUACUCCAGGCCGGAAGCGAAGAAGAAAAGGAGGAGACAGUGACUAUGAUGAUGAUGAUGACGAAGACAGUGAUGACCAAGCUGAUGAAGAUGAGGAGGAUGAAGAAGAUAAAGACGACAAGAAAGGAAAAAAGCCUGAUAUCUGUGAAGAUGAGGAUGAAGGUGACCAGACAGCAAGUGUUGAAGAACUGGAGAAACAGAUUGAAAAACUGAGUAAACAACAGAGUCAGUACAGAAGGAAGCUCUUUGAUGCUUCUCACUCUCUGCGAUCUAUGAUGUUUGGCCAGGAUCGAUACAGACGCCGAUACUGGAUUCUUCCACAAUGUGGUGGGAUUUUUGUAGAAGGCAUGGAAAGUGGUGAAGGACUAGAAGAAAUUGCAAAAGAAAGAGAAAAACUUAAAAAAGCAGAAAGUAUCCAGAUCAAAGAAGAAAUAUUUGAGAUACCUGAAGAUGCUUUAAAUUGCUCAAACACAGAUCAUUGUGAGCAAAAAGAAGAUCCUAAAGAAAAAGAUAAUACAAAUCUCUUUCUUCAGAAACCUGGCUCAUUUUCAAAAUUAAGCAAGCUUUUAGAAGUAGCCAAGAUGCCCCCUGAGCCAGAUGUAAUGACCUCCAAACCAAAUAGUGCUAAUGGGUGCACAUUGUCUUAUCCAAACAGUGGGAAACACUCACUAGGCAGCAUUCAAUCACCAGUAACACAGAGUAACGUGGAAAAGACAGACUCAAAUAAUCUGUUUAGUUCUGGCUCAAGUGGUCCAGGGAAGUUCUACAAUCCUCUCCCCAAUGAUCAGCUUUUAAAAACACUAACUGAAAAGAAUAGACAAUGGUUUAGCCUUUUGCCAAGGACACCUUGUGACGACAGUUCACUUACCCAUGCUGAUACAUCAACUGCCUCUUCAGUGACACCUCAUUCUCAGCCACCAUCUAAGUCACCUUCACCUGCCCCAGUUCCUCUUCUUGGAUCAUCUCCUGCUCAGACUCCUGUAGGCCUAAAUCCAUUUGCUUUAUCACCUCUUCAGAUGAAAAGUGGAGUGUCUAUGAUGGGACUUCAGUUUUGUGGGUGGCCCACUGGCGUGCUUGCCCCCAGUGUUCCAUUCACAUCACCUUUACCCAGCCUGGGAUCAGGGUUGGGAUUAUCCGAAGGAAAUGGUAAUUCAUUCUUGACUCCCAAUGUUGCUUCAAGUAAAAGUGAAUCUCCAGUACCACAGAAUGAAAAAGCUUCUUUAGCUCAACCUGCGGCUGUUGAAGCAGCAAAGCCAGUAGAUUUUCUUAGUCCAAAACCUAUUCCAGAAGAAAUGCAGUUUGGUUGGUGGAGAAUUAUUGACCCAGAGGACCUAAAAGCUUUGCUCAAAGUAUUACAUCUUCGAGGAAUAAGAGAAAAGGCAUUACAGAAACAAAUUCAGAAGCACUUGGAUUAUAUUACUCAAGCCUGCAUCAAGAAUAAGGAUGUUGCUAUUAUUGAAUUAAGUGAAAAUGAAGAAAACCAAGUAACUCGAGAUAUUGUAGAGAACUGGUCAGUAGAAGAACAAGCACUGGAAAUGGAUCUGAGCAUCCUUCAACAGGUAGAAGAUCUUGAAAGGAGAGUUGCAUCAGCAAGUUUGCAAGUAAAGGGUUGGAUGUGUCCAGAGCCUGCAUCAGAAAGGGAGGACUUGGUAUAUUUUGAACAUAAGUCAUUUUCUAAAUUAUGCAAGGAGCAUGAUGGAGAAUAUACUGGCGAAGAAGAAAGCAGUGAGCAUGCACUAGAACGGAAGAAUGACAACCCCCUAGAUAUAGCUGUAACCAGGCUGGCUGAUUUGGAGCGGAACAUUGAAAGAAGAAUUGAAGAGGAUAUUGCUCCAGGGCUCAGGGUAUGGAGAAGGGCAUUAUCAGAAGCUCGCAGUGCUGCACAGGUAGCUCUGUGCAUUCAGCAGUUACAGAAAUCAAUAGCAUGGGAAAAAUCAAUUAUGAAAGUUUACUGCCAGAUCUGUCGGAAGGGAGAUAAUGAAGAGCUGCUCCUCCUUUGUGAUGGCUGUGACAAAGGCUGUCACACAUACUGCCAUAGACCCAAGAUUACCACUAUACCAGAUGGGGACUGGUUUUGUCCAACUUGUAUUGCUAAGGCAAGUGGUCAAAGUAUAAAAAUCAAAAAGCUUCAUGUCAAAGGAAAAAAGACUGAGUCAAAGAAAGGCAAGAAAGUAAGCUUAACAGGGGAUACUGAAGAUGAAGAUUCUGCAUCGACAAGUAGUUCAAUAAAAAGAGGAAACAAGGAUCUAAAAAAAAGAAAAAUGGAGGAAAACACAUCUAUUAACUUGUCAAAACAAGAAAGUUUUACUUCUAUUAAAAAACCUAAAAGAGAUGACUCCAAAGACCUAGCUCUCUGCAGUAUAAUCCUUGCUGAAAUGGAAACUCAUGAAGAUGCAUGGCCUUUUCUACUUCCUGUAAACUUGAAACUUGUUCCUGGUUAUAAGAAAGUUAUUAAGAAGCCUAUGGAUUUUUCCACAAUUAGAGAAAAAUUAAGCAGUGGCCAGUACCCGAACCUGGAAACCUUUGCUCUAGAUGUAAGGCUUGUUUUUGACAACUGUGAGACAUUUAAUGAAGAUGAUUCUGAUAUAGGGAGAGCUGGCCACAAUAUGAGGAAUUAUUUUGAAAAAAAGUGGACAGAUACAUUCAAAGUGAGCUGAAAGUAUAAUAAUCUCUAUUUUUCCUUCUAAAAAGGAUAAACAAGACCAGCAAUGUGAACUAUACUACAUUAAUGUGCAAGGCACAUAAUACGAUGACUUUUUUUCUUAAAAUAAAUAUCACAAAAAAAGUAUCAAAAUAAUGAUACCAUUUUUAAAGGCUUCACUCCUACAACAACCAAAACCCUUGGUUCUUGGUUUGUGUGAUUUAUCAGCUAAUUUAGGUAGAACAGGGAAGCACACCCAAAGAAUUUUCAAAGGAAAGGGUGUUAUAGUGCAAUAGCAAUUAAAAUAUAUCAAAUCGCACUGAAUAUUCAACACCAGAGCUCUAAUAUGGGAAAUGGUUCUCCUUUCCCUCUCAAUAAAUAUCUAUUUUUCAUUUUUUUACUUUGUAGUUUAUUUUUUAGUGAAUGUAUUUAAUUUUAUGAAUUAUUUAUGAUUAAACCACAUCCAGAGUCUUCGUUUUCUGUGAAAAGGAAGAGCUAGAAAAUUGCUUUAAAUCUUGAAAAUACAACAAGGAAUGUUUUAAAAUAUAAAACAAAGCCAAGUUAAACUGUUUACACUGAUGUGCUAUAAAGCACCAAAAAUAAACUUUACUGUAGAGUUACAAGUACAUUUAUAUAUAUCUAUAUAUAUAUAUAUGUUGCUGCAUCACUUGUGUAGUUAAAUUGUAUUUCAAAACAGUGAAGACAAAUUGACAUGUACAUACUGUUCAUUAUUGUUUAUAUUAAGUCUUGUUUAAAAUAUGUAUUAUGUGUAUAUAUCGUUUGCAGACAUUAUUGUUUAUGCCUUAGAAGGAUUGUAGCAUUUUAUUUUAGUCUGAAGGUAAUUAUAGCUAUACAACUUGUACAGUUAUUAUCCUCUACCAACACUGUGGCGUCUCCUUGAUCUUGGUAGUGCCUGCCUUUAAAACAGGGUGUAGGGGAUAUUAGUUUUCCAUUUUUCUAUUUUGUUAUAUAAUUUUAAGCCACCAGGGCCUAAAUUAAAGUAUAAUCAUUUGUAUCCAUGUGGAAUAAAAUUGUGACAAUUUCCUACUGCACACAGUAUUUUUUCAUAGAGACAUUUCCCUCCCAUUUGCCUUGCCUCAGAAAUAAAUUUAAAAGACAUUUGUAACCACUGUGUUUUAUCUACUGUGUGUUGUGGUGGCCUGUUGGAGGCAAAUAGAUCAGAAUUUUUUUUGUACCUAUGUAAGAGUACUUGAAGUUUUAUUUAAAAUAAAAUGUUGUGGAAAAGGUA